AGUCGAUUCGAAUUCCGCUUGCAUUUCGCGAAACGCUUAAAUUAACUAAACGAUGUAAAUUGUAAAAUAUGUGAGCUUUGUAUAAAUUAGGUGCUUCAUCCAUUGAGCUCUAGACAGCAAAAAAAAAUUGCAAACAAAAUUAAAAACAAAAGGCAGUCCCUUCGUGUGCGAUUGUUCGCCAUAGAUAGCGAGAACCUAAAAAAUAAAAGCGGAGCGAAUAGCGUUCGACUCAUAAAUAUCGAAGCUAAUCAGAUGGACAGCGGAGAGCCAGUGCGCUAAUUAGGAGUGCUACAUAUAACUGUAAGCUAAUCGGAUCGAAAAAAAAAAAAACAUAAGUUCGGCAAAAGCAAUGCAAUAUGUUGGAGCGAGAUCGCUGCCGGCAAAAGAAACUAAAAAGUGAAAACGAAAAUUAAAGCUAAGAACAUUUAUGCAAGUCCCAGCUUGGCAACAUGAAAUCUAGCUACAUGUUGCUUACCGCCAGCCUCAUGAUGCUGGCGCUAUAUGGCGGUGGUGCCGAAUCAAAAAUGGAGCAUGAAUGCACCAGCAUUGACAUCCGUAACGAAUGCAGUAAGUUUCAUCUGCUGGACAACUGCACAGUGGUCACUGGAUACGUUUUGAUCGUAUUAAUCCACGGGGAACAGAACAACUGUAACUUUUCGAACUAUUCCUUUCCACUUCUAACCGAGAUUACCGAGUUUAUGAUCUUCACUGAGGUGCGGGGCCUGACCAACAUCACGGAGAUGUUUCCGCACCUGACCGUUAUUCGGGGUCACCGAUUGUUCCUCAACUAUGCUCUUGGCAUAACCAACAUGCAUGACCUCGAGCAGUUAGCUUUUCCACAACUAGUGGCAAUACAAAGUGGCCAAGUCUACAUCGGCAACUGCCCUAAGCUCUGUAACAUGGACCGGGUUAAUUGGGAUCUGCUCACCCUCAGCAGGGGCGAAAAUCAAAUUAAUGUUGUCGGUAAAAAUUGUAGCACACCCGUGUGCCACGGAUGCUCCUCCUCUCACUGCUGGUCGAACCAUUUCUGCCAGCGUUCUCUUAACGAAAAUGUUGCCAAUCCCAAGGCCAACAUUAACACAUGCCAUGAAGAGUGCUUGGGUGGCUGUAAGAAUAACUCGAUAUCCGCUGCUGACUGUACCGUCUGCCGAGGACUUAGUGAUUCUGGUGUCUGUGUGAAGAGCUGCCCGAAGAACAAAUAUGCCAUGCAACUCUUUCAGCGCUGUUAUACCAGGGAUGAAUGUGUAAUCAAACAUGGCUAUGUUAUCUAUGAAUCAGAGUGCGUUGCCUUCUGCCCCAGCGGCUACAGGACGGACAACAAGUCCGAGUGCGUGCUUUGUAGUCCCGAAGAGGCUUGCGUUAGCUUUUGCACUCCCGAGUAUCCUGGGAAUACGUUCACCAUAUACAACCUGGCCGAUGCUGAGAAGUUGCGUGGCUGCCAGAUCUUUAAUGGUAGCCUGGUUAUCACCAUUCGCAACAAGGUGAAUGAGACACUGCUGUUCCAGAUGUUCACUAGUAUCCGGGAGGUUCGCGGACACCUCAAAGUCUAUCGUUCCUCCCAGCUACGAAGUUUGAAUUUCCUCAGUAAUCUGGAGCGAGUACACGGUGAUCCGCUAGAUAAUCGCCACUACUCCUUUAUACUCUACGACAAUAAGCAGCUCUCCGAGUUGUGGAAACCUUCCCAGCAACUGGAGUUCAUGGAAGGCGGCAUGUUCAUGCAUCGUAACAAUAAGCUAUGUAACCGGAGGAUGCGAGAGUUCCAAAACAGUGUAACCCACGACAGGGCCCUAGACUCGUUGCAGGAAAAUGAUGAGGAGGUCCAAUGCAGUCCCUCGAAACUAGUACUAUAUGUACAGAAACGAUCCCACCGAACAGUGAAGCUAAGCUGGCUUAAGUCUAAGACCAGCCAGCGGAUAGAGCUAAUCCACCGACCAUUGCCGCCCGGAAAGACGUACCACGAAGAGAGUGAACUUGAGGCACCGAUAUGCACACGAAUCAACUGGAAACGACGCAUACUUUUCCCUGACAAUCUGAUCGAGAAUGGUACCCACUAUCUGUUCGAGUUGGAUGAUCUUCAGCCAGACACUAGAUACGCCAUCUUGUUGCGAACUUUCGGCGAUGAAUUGGCUCUGGAGGCGCGCAGUGAACUAACAUAUAUUCAGACGCAGAUAGAUAUACCGAGACAACCGCUGCUAGAGCUUGUCAAAAAGACGGAUAGUUCGCUGACUAUUCGCAUGGCCAGUCACAACCACGACAGCUUCCUACUAACUGUUUUCGAAUUGCCCGAUGAUCAGGAGUAUAUAGAACAACGGAAUUACUGCCACCAGCCGUCGUAUAUGUUACAGGACAUGGAUGGCCCCAAAUGGAUGAACUUCGACGACUACGACAAUUGCUGUGCCCACAAGGAGGAGCAAUUAAAAGAUUCUCGCUUUAUCGAGAACAUGCGGGAGCAGUAUCGGUGUUCCCUAGAUGAUCCUAAGCUCUGUCGGCGACUGGUAUUGUCGGAGGCCGCUCUACCACAGUUAAGGCUGCCGGGAAACACUACGGAGUACGAGAUAAAGACACUGCAUCGUUAUCGCCUGUAUGCGCUACAGUUGCAGGCCUGCAAUCCACUAGGAUGCAGCAGCCAUACAUCACUUUACGGACGCACAAACUACACAUUGGGUGCAGAUCUGCCUACUAAGUUACAUGCCUGCCACAUUCCGGAGAUGCAUAAGUACAUCCUGCACUUCGACGAGCCAAAGAAACCAAAUGGCCUCUUGACCAACUAUGUUAUCCACUAUCGACACAACUCCACGAUCCACGUGAGUUGUGUAACAAGGCAGGAUCACCAGAAUGCCGGCUACGUGAACGUCAAUCAGAUAAAUAUCACUUUCACCGAUUGCGCUGUACGGGUCCAUUCCCUAGCAGGUGAUGUGAUGACGGCCUAUAUCCCAAUUACCCAAUGCAGUGACGAUGACCGACGGCGGUUGGCCCACAUUCGGGAGGCUAAGGAAUUGAGCCCGGAGAUUUCUGAGUUGCCUGUCACAACGUCACAUGCACGAGGCAUUAGCAUAUUCCUGAUCUGCUUCCUUCUUGGGUGCAGUGUUUCAUUGAUUUGGGUACUCUACAAGCGACGCUGCUGGAGGAAAUUGCCAGGACUCAGGCGCUAUAUGCCUGUACGGGAACAGUGGUUGAGGGACCGACAGCAAACCGAGGAUCGCGAAAUCCUUGUCGACGGAUUCGAAACUGUUCGUUUUCAGAACAACAACGACAGCCAAGGGGACGAUUAUCCCAUGUAAACGAUAAUACAUAAAUGUAUGAGAACUUA